AUGAAGAUAUUGCUUUUCCUCUGCUUUUUUUUUCCCAGGGCUCAAGGUGUGGAUGUCCCUCAGUUCAAGAAGGUGGUUUUCCAGGAAUUUACUGAUGGAUCCUUUACUCAGCCCUUAUACCGUGGAGAACUAAACGAACACUUGGGACUCUUGGGGCCAUAUAUAAGAGCAGAAGUUGAAGACAAUAUCAUGGUAACUUUCAAAAACCAGGCCUCUCGUCCCUACUCCUUCUAUUCUAGCCUUAUUUCUUACGAGGAAGAUCAGAGGCAAGGAGCAGAACCUAGAAGAAAGUUUGUCAACCCUAAUGAAACCAAAAUUUACUUUUGGACAGUGCAACAUCAUAUGGCACCCACUAAAGAUGAGUUUGACUGCAAAGCCUGGGCUUAUUUUUCUGAUGUUGAUUUGGAAAAAGAUGUGCACUCAGGCUUGAUUGGACCCCUUCUGAUCUGCCGCAGCAACACACUGAAUCCUGCUCACGGGAGACAAGUGACAGUGCAGGAAUUUGCUCUGUUUUUCACUAUUUUUGAUGAGACUAAGAGCUGGUACUUCACUGAAAACCUGGAAAGGAACUGUAGAGCUCCCUGCAAUAUCCAGAAGGAGGAUCCCACUCUUAAAGAAAAUUACCGCUUCCAUGCAAUCAAUGGCUAUGUGAUGGAUACACUACCUGGCUUAGUAAUGGCUCAGGAUCAAAAGAUUCGAUGGUAUCUGCUCAGCAUGGGCAGCAAUGAAAACAUCCAUUCUAUUCAUUUCAGUGGACAUGUGUUCACUGUACGGAAAAAAGAGGAAUAUAAAAUGGCAGUCUACAACCUCUAUCCAGGUGUUUUUGAGACUGUGGAAAUGCUACCAUCCAAAGUUGGAAUUUGGCGGAUAGAAUGCCUUAUUGGUGAACACCUACAAGCUGGGAUGAGCACUCUUUUUCUGGUGUAUAGCAAAAAGUGUCAGACUCCACUGGGAAUGGCUUCUGGACGCAUUCGAGAUUUUCAGAUUACAGCUUCAGGACAAUAUGGACAGUGGGCCCCAAAGCUGGCCAGACUUCAUUAUUCCGGAUCAAUCAAUGCCUGGAGCACCAAGGAUCCCUUUUCCUGGAUCAAGGUGGAUCUGUUGGCACCAAUGAUUAUUCACAGCAUCAUGACCCAGGGUGCCCGUCAGAAGUUCUCCAGCCUCUACAUCUCUCAGUUUAUCAUCAUGUAUAGUCUUGAUGGAAAGAAGUGGCAGAGUUAUCGAGGGAAUUCCACUGGGACCUUAAUGAACCUGGAGUUGAAUGACUAG